CAUUUAAUCACAAAACCAACACAAACACACUCACUUCUAAAUUACCUAUCAAUUCCCAAUGGCAUCAUCCAUGACCAUGACCGCCUCCUUCUUUGGUGGCGCCGUCGCCGCCAAGCCGGCCGCGGCCACCACACGCCGCAGCCAGCUGGCAGUGAGGGCCUCAAUGGACUUGGAGAAGGCGGUGGAGAAGAACAGCAACACGAGACGGGGCCUCAUGUUGGCCGCGGCUGGCGCAGCAGCAGUGUCAUCCGUCGCGAAGGUCGCGAUGGCCGCCGACGAUAAAAUCCAGAUGUUGGGUGGCUGGACGGAGGUCAAGGAUCCAAGUGCACCGGAGUAUUUAAUACUGGCGACAUUCGCGGUGUCGGAAUACAACAAACAGAAUAACAAGGCCUUGACUUUGAACUCCGUGAUAAAGGCAGAGACGCAGGUGGUGGCUGGUGUGAAUUACAGGCUGCGGAUCUCUGCCCGGGAUGAAAUACGCCCGAACGGCACCUUCCAGGCAGUUGUUUACUCCCAGGCCGCGCCGACAUCCCUACACCUCACUGACUUCGUGGGAAUUUCUCGCUAGCUUUCCCGAUUGCCGGAUUGUGUAUCAGUUAAUAAAGUGUGUGAAAUAACUAUCUCCACACCUUCCCAAGCCUCUAUGUAAGGCUUUUUCAUCAAUAAAAUUUCCCUCUUUUCUCUUGUUCA